CUUCAGUCGGUGGGGCUGAAGCCCAGUAGCAUUCAUUCAAUCUGCGGCUUUCAUGAAGUCUCCCUACGAGGUCCUUCACUUUGCUCCUAAACGUGGAUUUUUUUUCCCCUGCCAUUCUAGGCUCGCUCCCCCUCCUCGCCACCGGACUCCCUCCUCCGUCCCUGCCCACACGCACACUCCUCUGCCCCGCGGUGGCCCCAGCGCCCAGCCCUCCAGCCAGAGGGAGCCAGUCACCAGACGGCAGCACCUGGCUGGAGAGGUUGGGCGGGCCGAGGGUGGGGAUCCGCGGGAACCAGCGAGCCCGGAGCUGGAGCAAGAAGCUGGACCGACCGCGAUCAGAAGAAUGGAGUCUCCCGACAGCCUGCCGAGGCUGAUGUGAAAUAGGACCAUCUGCUUCCAGUUGGUCUGUUUCCUCUUCUUUUUGUAUUUUCUUCCCUCGCCAUUCACAGUGGAGUGAAUUAUUAAAUCUUGCUCCGUUCCAAGAGAGGCAGGCGAUCACGAUGGAGUGAACCCACCCAGUCCGCCACAAGGAACGCCCAGAGAAGAAAUGACCAUGGCCAAGUUAACCGAAUCCAUGACGAAUGUCCUGGAAGGCGAUUCCAUGGACCAGGACGUGGAAAGCCCAGUGGCCAUUCACCAGCCAAAGUUGCCUAAGCAAGCCAGGGACGACCUGCCAAGGCACAUCAGCCGAGACAGGACCAAAAGGAAAAUCCAGAGGUACGUGAGGAAGGAUGGGAAGUGUAACGUCCACCAUGGCAACGUGAGGGAGACCUACCGAUACCUGACGGAUAUCUUCACCACCCUCGUGGACCUAAAGUGGAGAUUCAACCUGUUAAUCUUUGUCAUGGUCUACACAGUAACAUGGCUCUUCUUUGGGAUGAUCUGGUGGCUAAUUGCAUACAUCCGGGGAGACAUGGACCACAUAGAGGACCCGUCCUGGACUCCCUGUGUUACCAACCUCAAUGGGUUUGUCUCUGCUUUUUUAUUCUCAAUAGAGACAGAAACCACCAUUGGUUAUGGGUACCGGGUCAUCACGGACAAGUGUCCCGAGGGAAUUAUUCUCCUCUUAAUCCAGUCUGUGUUGGGGUCCAUUGUCAACGCAUUCAUGGUAGGAUGUAUGUUUGUGAAAAUAUCCCAGCCCAAGAAGAGGGCAGAGACCCUGGUCUUCUCUACCCACGCGGUGAUCUCCAUGCGGGAUGGGAAACUAUGCCUGAUGUUCCGGGUAGGUGACCUGAGGAAUUCCCACAUCGUGGAGGCUUCCAUCAGAGCCAAGUUGAUCAAGUCCAAACAGACUUCAGAGGGGGAGUUCAUCCCCCUCAACCAGACAGAUAUCAACGUAGGGUACUACACUGGGGAUGACCGACUCUUUCUAGUGUCACCAUUGAUUAUUAGCCAUGAAAUUAACCAACAGAGUCCCUUCUGGGAGAUCUCCAAAGCCCAACUACCUAAAGAGGAACUGGAGAUUGUGGUCAUCCUGGAGGGAAUGGUGGAAGCCACAGGAAUGACAUGCCAAGCUCGAAGCUCCUACAUCACCAGUGAGAUCUUGUGGGGUUACCGGUUCACUCCCGUCCUAACGCUGGAAGAUGGGUUCUACGAAGUCGACUACAACAGCUUCCAUGAGACCUAUGAGACCAGCACCCCAUCCCUUAGUGCCAAAGAGCUAGCCGAGCUGGCGAACAGGGCAGAGCUGCCCCUGAGUUGGUCUGUGUCCAGCAAACUGAACCAGCAUGCAGAACUGGAGACAGAGGAGGAAGAGAAGAACCCAGAAGAACAAACGGAGAGGAAUGGUGAUGUGGCAAACCUAGAGAAUGAAUCCAAAGUGUAGGCCCUGCUGGGUCAGCCUUUCCCUCCCACUCAGACAGGGCCUUUCCUUGUCUCCUGCUCCCCUCUUUUUCUGUCUCUCUUACCUUGAUCUUGAUUGGUUUAUACUUAAUUUUGUCAUUUCCAGAAAACAAAUCUUCAAGGUGUAAAAUGCCUACCUGCCCUCUCUCAGAUGUUCAGACGGACAAGCAGACAGAGAUUUGGUUAUGGUACAGGUCCCUUCAUUUGCAGCCCAAGCCUGGUCUCCACCCACAGGAGAGACUCAGCCACUUAUCCACUUCAAUGUCCAACACAAAUCACUCAAAAGAGCUGUCAGGGGUUUUACCCAGUGUCACAAAGGUCACCUGUUUACCGUGGCCAUAGGUCACCCAGAAUAGUCUCUUUGGUUUUAUAGGGCCCACCCAGCACAGGGCAGGCUCUUGCCCACACAGACACUGAGGGUACAGGACCCAGGUGAGCUAAGGAUAGACCACUGUACAUAGAUCUGCCCUAUGGAAUUAUUUUCUUUUGGCAAUUAGUAACAAAACUCAGCAUGCACAAAAGUACUAUGGAGCAGAACUCCUAGUAAUGUACAUAGAUGUAUCAUCCAUGUAGCUUUAGACAUAUAACUUUAGAAAUAAGAAAAAACGAUUCCCAAUGUACAGUGGGUAUUUCUGUUUUGUUACCUUGUCUUUUGAUUAUUUUGAUCUCCUUGACUGCUGGCCCUCUAAAUGCAUGGCCUUUGUUCCAGGCCCCAGGCUGACAGUUGCUAGGUGCCAUUCUGUCCCCUUGCGAUCCUUCUGUUGAAUCUAAUAAGCCAUAGGUCUGGGACCAGUCCAGAGGUCUAAUAGAUGGCACGAUCUACCAUCCAAAAUGCUGAUAUACUGUGACACAUUUACCAAGUGGAUGCCAUUUGCUUAUAGACAACAAAAGUCUCUCUGACUAGCCUGGGGGACAAGGGACAGAACUGUAGCAUGGCCCCACGUGUCCCUUCCCAUGAACUCUAGCCCUCUGGAGUACAGCAGCUUAAGAACCUUUCUGUAAAACCACUGAUUGCUCUUCUGUGUCGUCUUCUAUGAGAAACUGCAGGCUUUUCAUGUGGGCCAUGGCAAGCCAGCAGAUGAUGACUUGGGUGUGAAGCCAUGGCUUUCAGGAAGGCAUGCAGCGGGUGAAAUGACAGUGUUCAUCACCAGCUCCCUGCCCUCCGACUUCAUCCGGCAUGCCUGUCCCUGGGACCUGGCCUUACCAUUUCUUACACGUUUUUUUUUUUUAAUCUUCUAUCAUCAUUGUUGUUGUUAUUAUUAUGAAAUGACCCGAAUUUGGCAUACAAAGAGUAGAUAAGCAUCUUUGUGGCAAAUCCCUCCAGAGUGUGAGAGCAUUCCACUAUUUGAAAUCUAAUCCAAGUGUCUCUCAACCAAAAGAGCACAGACAUCAACAACAAUCAAACCUCAUUUUGUUCUUCAAAGAAGGAAGGAAUGAACGAACAAAGGAAGACAGGCAACAUGUAUAAUAAUCUAAAUUCAAAAGGAAAUGAAGAGUAAGCCUGGAAAGAGAAUCUUGAACGAGACGUCAGGCAGGUGGAGAUUUUGCACCGAUCUUUCUCGUUGAUUUUGCAUUUAUAAACUGUUUGUCUUGAACACCAUCGCCCACCACAGAUAUGCACUGAAGGGAUCUAAAUUUACUUCAGCUCCUACAGAUGUGCUCAGUGUGAGACUUUGCACCAUGGAGGUCAAAGAGGUCAAACUAGCUGUUCCUCUGCCUCCCUGGCCACCCCUGACCAGACUGCACAGGGCUUUGCUGUAGUCUCGGUUCCUUGUCUAUAAGAGAGAUGCCCCAGGAAUUAUGGGAAGUUGUCCCUCCAUCCAACAUCUGGAUUGCUCCUCUCCCUCUGCAGGAAUCUUGCCACCCAAAGAGCCAUUUCCUGGCACUGACUCUGGAACACAAAGCUAUUGGCUGUGGCCCUUCCCUGCCUGCCAGCAUUUCCUUUUGGCAUUGGUUAUUUAUCAGUCCAGCCAAGAUUCGAACAGUCUUAGCAGGAGAUGGUGGAGGAGAGAGCCUGACACAAUUCCCAAGAGGCUGUGGGAGGUCCCACAGCCUGACCUUGUUUUAGCCUUAUGAAAGAUGCUCUGCUUCAAGGCACCAGUCUGCAGCAGCCCAGGGCAGGAAGGUGGCGAAAACCUGUCAAAUGUCUACGGACUUAGCUCUUGAAGACUCACUGGGCCUUUUUAAAUCUGCUACUGAGGUUUGAAGAUCAAGAUUCCCUAUCGACGGGUUGAAGGAGCCGCUUUGAAGCUGAUGGUUUCUUGCCUGCUCUGCAGCACACCUGGACAACAGGCCUGUGUGACCUCUGCAGGGCGCUCUGAUGGGAGCUCUCUCUCUGCCUCUCAUGGUCUUGAUGUCACUGUGGUUGGUGACGGAAGUGGAAGAAAAUCCUGUGUGUAACAGGAGCUCAGACAUUUAAGAGGCGGGCGCUCCUGAAGGACCUUUUAUUAGAAUGUCCUUAUCAAACGUGUCUAUUUUUUUACAGUCACUGAGAAAAUGGUUUAACAGUGUAUUUUGUGUCUACUGUUAAAAUUUGAAAGAAGGUCAUUAGGACUGAAUUUUCUAAGCAGCAAGUAGUCAAUGGGGUUUUUCAUUAAGAUAAUUCAACAAAAGGGACCCCCAACGCCUCCCCUUUCUAGUCCACAAUCCCAGUCCCUCUCUCCACCAACAGACCAAGUGCUACGAAAAUACAUAAGCCUAUUAAUGCAUCAAUCGAUCCAUAACCAGUAGAGCUCUCUCUCUCUCUCUCUCUCUCUCUCUCUCUCUCUCUCUCUCUCUCU